CAUAGGCUGGUAGAACGUUGGGCCAGGUCACACGCAGCCGAGAGACAUUUGUUUGUGGCUGCCGGACUUAGGUCACCACAGAAAUGAAGGCCCUUUCUUCGCGCUCGCUCGCUCAGCGUCAUGCGCUGCCGAUUCGCUGCCCUAAAGCAGUUUGCCAUCGUAGCUUGGUUGCCCCCCAGCUGCGCAAGGCUACCCUGACCACGCGCGUCGCCGCUGUCGAGGAGCAGCAGACAUCGUUCCAGGGCGACGAGCAGCCAGGCGUGGAGGCCGCGGCCGCCCCCAGCAUUCUGGAUGUGGACCCAGCAGAGGAGGAGUAUGAGCUGCAAGAGCUGGACCAGGCGCAGGAGGACCUUCUCAAGUGGAUGAUGUUGGACGAGGAGACACAGGAAGAGGACCUCGACGAGAUGGUCGAUUACGAUGAGUUUGGCGAUGAGGAGUAUGCCGAUAUGUAUGAGGAGGUAGAGGAUAUGCUUGAGGCUGUGGACUAUGACUUCAAGGUGGGCGACAAGGUCAGCGGCACCGUCAUUGAAGUGGACGACGACGGCGCCUAUGUGGAGAUCGGUGCAAAGGCAAUUGCCUUCUGCCCCGUUACGGAGUGCUCUUUCGCUCGCCUCAAGACGCCGCUGGAGGCGCUGCGCCCUGGCAUGAAGCGCGACUUCAUGGUUGUUCAGGACGAGGAGGAGUAUGGUCAAGUCAUUGUCAGCCUUGCUGCAAUGGAGGCCACGACUUUCUGGACUCGCAUUCGCCAGCUCCAGGAGGAGGACAUCACCGUGUCGGUGACGGUCGAGUCGGUCAAUAAGGGUGGCAUGCUGGUGAAGUUCGGCAUCUACGAUGGCUUCAUCCCAGUCAGCCAGUUUGGCCCGAGCAUCACUGCUGAUAGCAUGGAGAGCCUGAUCGGCUACGAGCUGCAGGUCAAGUUCCUGGAGGUAGAUGAGGAGGCUGAGCGCCUGGUGUUCAGCCACAAGCGGGCUAGCAGCAUGGUGACGAAUGACGUCCAGGGCUUCAAGGUCGGAGACGUGGUGGCGGGCGUUGUGCAAUCCGUGAAGCCGUACGGUGCUUUCAUUGACCUUGGCGGUGUCACGGGCUUGCUGCACGUGAGCCAGCUGUCGCACGACCGCGUGUUGGUGCUGGACAAGAUCUUGGCGGAGGGUGACAAGAUCAAGGUCAUGAUCCUCAGCCAGGACCGGGACCGCGGCCGAGUGACGCUAAGCACCAAGAAGCUGGAGCCCACGCCAGGUGACAUGCUUCGGGAUCCCCAGCUGGUGUACGAGAAGGCCGAGGAGAUGGCUGAGCAAUUCCGCAAGCGUGUCGAGCAGGCUGCCCAGUCGGCUACAGAGUCCGCCGACCUUCUGGGCGAGGGCCAGCCCUUCGUCUACUGA